UUGCUGUUUGCUGUGCGUCAGUUCGUCUUGAACUACUUAGGUAGCUGUUUGGUUUGUGUCAAAGUGUACAAGUUUUCAUCUGCAUGUUCUGCGGAUGGUCUUUUCUUCCUGGAAGUGCGUACAAAAAGUGGGUCAGUGCUUUUUAUAUUAAUACAUGGAUUUAAACAUGGAAUCGGAUUAUACAUCUCAAUCUAACACGGGUUGAUAAUAGGAAUGCUACCCUAUUAUCAGCGUGUCUCGCGAGGAGAUCGGUACGUGCACUGGUGCGUUACGGAGGAAGGAGGAAGAACAUCGAUAUCCAGCGAUGCAAGACGACACACUAGCGAACAGUUUGGCAGUAGCGAGUCCUUUUAUGGACAUCGAAGGCUGAAUUUGGAGCAGGAGAUCUCGUACGAAAGGGAAGCAGAAAAGAUCUAGAUGUUAGGUAGGGCCAGGACGAAGUAGAAGAGUGAGAGAGAAAGGGUCUUGAGGACGCCAGACAAAAGAAUAGGGAGCACUCAAUAGAGAGAAGGACAAGAAGAAAAGAGGCGGAAGAGCGUCGAAGGAAAAGAGAAGAGGGAUGGGCGCUGGGAUGGGCAGAAGCGGCACGACCGGCGGCGGUCUGCUCGAGGCGCUUCCCACAGGAACUCCACUCCACGUGGCUAUGCUUGGCCUCGACAGCGCCGGCAAAACAACCGCUCUUUACAGACUAAAGUUUGAUCAGUACCUCAACACCGUGCCGACCAUCGGUUUCAACUGCGAGAGAAUCCGCGGUGGUAUCGGAAAGGCUAAAGGUGUUAAUUUCCUUGUGUGGGACGUCGGCGGGCAGGAGAAGUUACGACCGCUAUGGAAAUCGUACACGAGAUGCACCGACGGCAUCAUUUUCGUCGUUGACUCUUGCGAUACAGAAAGACUCGAGGAGGCGAAAAUGGAGCUUACUAGAACUGCGAGAAGUCCAGACAAUGCAGGUGUACCGAUCCUGAUACUCGCUAACAAACAGGAUUUACCUGGCGCGAAGGAGGUCGGCGAGUUGGAGAAGUACUUGGGAGUGUUAGAAUUGGCUGGUAUGCCAGGUAGCGCCUGCAUUCGCGUACAACCGGCGUGCGCUAUUACGGGCGAAGGACUUCACGAAGGUCUAGACACGUUGUAUCAGUUGAUUCUCAAGCGACGUAAGCUGGCCAAGCUGAAUCGGAAACGGGCCAGGUAGGCCAGGGCUUCGGAAGACUGCACAUGCGUCUUCUGAUAUUGUCGAUCGCGGACAGCUUCCCCUACGGCGACGCUUUCCACAACUUCCUCCUUACCUUCCCGCAUUGAUUACGAGGAGGAGAUGGCACAGUGACUGUGAAAAAGAGCGAUCACGAUGAUCAUAAGACCGUGAUCAUCAUGAGGUGCGACUACAUUUUACGCAAUCACCCUUCUUUCGGCUUUGGUUCUUCCGUUGGGAAGUGAACCGAUGCUGUUGGAACAAUUUCACGAUUGCGUCGAUCUUUUUUGCAUGUGUGCAUGGAAACAUAUAUGCGUGUGCGUGUGUACAUAUAAAUACACGUUGAUUGUAAAAUUGCGCAGAUGGAGAGCGAAGAUGGCGGAAAAAAUGGAGGGAUUUUAACAACUAUUGUUCCUAUUAGGUUGUUGCAUAUGAGAUGCCCAAGUUCUUUUCAUGUUUUUCCAAAGGUUGAGAUAUUAUUGACAUUUUUAAGUAUAUUGACAUCGUUCGUUAAUCGAAAUAUUUUAAUCGAGAGAUACUAUUUUUAUGUGGAUAUUUAUUCGAUCGUAAGAAUGAAAAGGAAGAAAGUCGGGAAUAAUAGCUUACGCAGCAUUUGUAUAAAUUCGUGUGGUAAUUCGUCAUUUUACCAGUGAUCGGGCAUAAUUUAGAUUUGAAAUAACAUAUCGUCUGCCGUUCUGGCGAAUGAUUGCGAAAAAAAAAAAGAGGAACGCACGGAAUCCAAGUUUGACGCUGUUUAACUUGUUUUAUAUGCAACAAUGUAAUGAUCAUGAAUAAUCAUAAAAUCGUUAUAAAACGUGUGACGAUGCUAGUCGACUGAGAAAUUUUCUAUUGUUGGAGAAGAGUCGAUGUGAAAGUGGUGUAAAUGUAAGUAAAUACUUGUAAAUAAAUGGAAAAGCUGUAAUUUCACGCCGAGACAAAUUUAAGGUGUAAAGAUACAUUAACACGAGCAACGAACUGGGUCAACGUUAUAAAAUCUGUGACAAUAUAUAUAUAUAUAAAUAUAUAUAUGUAUAAAUAUAUAUGUAUAUAUUGUUAUAAAUUACCUACCGACAUUGACGAAAUGCUACCGCCAUCACUAGCGUUAUGAUUACGAUGUUAUAAUACAGUUUAUUGCUGUCAUAUUUUUCACACAAGAUGCGUUACAUACAUGGCACGGCGGUAUAUUUUAUUUACAUGUGCGAAGUCGUUUUAAUUAAUCACUGCUUGUUUUGUAAAGUUCAUGUUUCCGUGUAAAUCUCGUUACGUAUGAAAAUAUAUAAAUAUCUAUUUCUGGAUAGAGAAAAAGGAAGAGGAGGCUUAGGAAGUGAAAGAAGCAAAGAGAUAGAUUCAAUACAAUGAUUCGAUAUGAUUGCAAUUUUGUGUGAAUUUCAUUUUGUUUUCGGUAGGAUUACUUCAAUAACAUCCGUAGUGAAUCAAUGUUUGUGAUUAAACGAAUUUGCCUUGCUCUUCUAAAUCCGUCAUUAUAUAUUUCUAGGAAAAAAAGAAAGAUCUUUCGAAAGUUUUCAUCGUCCCUGUUAUUCAUCGAUGAUUAUUUAGUAUCGGCAAAUUAUAUCGCAAUUCUCAACAGAUAAUCGUCGUAUCUUUAGCAGAAUAUUCUAUUAAAAAAAAAAAGAAAUGUUGCUCGUGUGUGUGUGCGCGCGUGCGAUGUGUGUGCGUGGAUGUGUGUAUGUGUUUGCGCGCGUGCGUACGUAUGUGUGUGUGUGUGUGCGUGUGCGUGCUUUGUGUGUGCGUGCUUUGUAUGUACGCUGGGUUUCCAAAUAGUUUGAACAGUUUUUUUUUUGCAAUUUGAAACGCAGCAGAUGUUCCAAUGAGAGAAGUUUCUUCAGAAGAUCGCGGAAAUUAAUUUCUCUCGUUGGAUAUUUACUGCCUUUCGAACUGCAUCACAAAAAGUGAUCAACCGCGUUUUGAAAGUUUCAAUACAUUUCUUCCCAAUUUCAUCGGGAAAAACGUGUGCAAAUGAAUGUACGUGUGUAUGUGUAAAGCUAUUCAAAGGUGGAGCGUAUAUCUCGCGACUUUCUUGAAAAGUUUGUACCGAAGAAGUCGAAGCGGCGCUUUGUAGCCAACGAAAUCGCUGUCAAGCAUGGUUGUUGUUUUUAUAUCAACUGUCGUUCCAAAUUCUAUUGUAUAUUAUACUUGCCCCUUGUUGUGUUUUAUUAUCUUUGGAUAUUUUAUCUUGUGCUUCGAUCGAUCGUUAGAUCGUCUAUUUAUGUAUACAUACUAUUAAUAGUGAUAGUCUAAGUAAUCGAUGACGCGUAGCGCGUUAGACUGAUACGAUCCUUUCGGAUAUACACGCAGGAAUUUUCAAAUAAAUCCGCUGAUUCCGUUAUA